GUACAGAUGAAUACGGACCUGAACAACGGGGAGCCCUGCGACACGACUGUGCACAUCCUGAGCGCUACUAUGGAGCAGCCCGUCUUUUACUACCAGUAUGCCUACACCGGUCGCACCGAGCCCUCCGUCGUACCAGGAGCGCCACACAUGGCAGACCUGGACUCACUGUUCAGCGUGCCCGGCUCCGGACAGAAUCUAGACCCAGCUUCGGAUGAGCAGAAAGUGCGCUCUGCAAUGGUCAAGCUGUGGACCAACUUCGCCAAGUAUAUGAAUCCUACGCCAGAUGAGGACCCUGUCAUAGAAGGAGGUUGGCCACGCUUCAAUGAAUCUACUGCAUAUUACUUAAACAUCGACGUCAACAUAACGCUUGAACAGAACAGGAAUGCCGAGAGGAUGAACUUUGUGCACUCGGUCAUCCCACCAUAUUACUGAUAUAUGAUGGUCAAACGAUAUAAUCUCAUCAUUGUGGAUGGUCGCUGGCAGCAAACACAUCACUUCAUAAACGUUUUAGAUAUCUUUCUGUGAUAUGCAGUAGCACAUAUUGUGAUGUCUCAGCAAGUGCUCUCAAGUUUUAAAAUGUUUGAUGUUUUAUUAAACCCUUCUUAUAGCGAA